AUGCGAGGGGCGAUCGAUAAGAGGUUUGUAGGCGGCAUGCCCCCCGGGCAGUACCCCGCGCCGCUCCUGUUCGCCUGUGGAGGAUGCGAGCCGGCAUACGGCGCCCACCCGCUUACAACCCUAUUCCCAGACACCCCUAAUAUCAUUAAUGUCCUGCUCUCUCACCUGAAAUAUGCAGUAAACAUCAUAUUUAUUACUAAUUCUAAUUCAAAUGUCAUCGUGCUAAUAAACAUCUAUAAAAUACUUUCUUAUGGUAUGAUCAACUAUUAUUAUUUCCGGUUAUUGACCCUG